ACUUUCCUUCUUUCAUCAGUUACUUUAACGAGAAUGGGUAUAUGUUGGAACCUCUUCAAACCUAGAAUGUCAUCUUCAUAAGGUACUUGCUUCAUAUUUGCCUCUCUGGUUUUCUGAUCUUUUAUUUUCUUUUUUUCUAAGUAAUAAAUAAUCAUUUUUGAACUACUUUGCGGAUUUCUGUUCAUGGGUUUCAUCUUUGGCACUCUUCACUACAAAAUUUCUUUCUCAACGUAAAGAGGGAAACAGCAAUUUUUGGAGUAUCUUCUAACCUCCGAUAUUCAUAUCAUGGAUGAUUACAUUACGACAUCUAUCGUUUAUUGCAUGGUCACCGUGGAUUUUCAUCAUAUACGCGGCCCUGAAAUUGAACAUGUAUUUCCACAGUCAAUAGAAUUACCAAAGGAAUGGUCUAUACUGCCCUUUUUAUGCUUACCUGAUGGUGCUCACAUGCAAGAAAAAGAUUUUGUAUAUUUCACUUUGCCAUACCCUAAUCCACAGCACUCAACAGCCUUCGGACUCGCCUGCAGUCGCCAGCUGAGCAUCAAUCAUGUAAAAAACCUUCCUUCGGAUGUAACUCGCCCCAGCAUUCAAAAGGCCGUUGUGCUCAUUUGUUCCACACCUCAAUUUGGUCACAUCAAAGACAAUUUGGAAAUUGUUACUGAUGCCUACUUUUCCCAAAAUGAUUUUUCUAAUUUGAGCAUCCUUCAUGAUUUUUACGAAAGCUUAGUUAAUAAAGGUCCUCAGCUACAGGUAUCGCUAGGAGUUAACAGUAAAGACGUUUUUUUGUGUUGGAAGCAAAAUACUCUCGUGUUGUUAAAACUUGUCCUAUUGGGUAAAAAAGUCCUUGUCUAUGAUCGAGUUGCUGAACGCUUGGGAAAUUUACAGUACUCGCUCUUAUCAUUAAUCCCAAAUAUGCUUUUGAGUCUCCAUGACUCUGCUGAUCCGUCAUCAAACUAUCUUCAGUCGACUUUAUCUAAACCAUCUUCUUUGAAAACAAGUGACAGAGAUUCAUUAAUGGCGUAUAUUGGUUUUCCGUUAUUGCUUUUUGGCGAAAAGAGUAUGUUUUCCCCUUAUAUACCACUACAACAGGUUCACAUUUUGGAGUCGUGUUCUACGCGAAGCUGGCUUGCUGGAUCGACAAACACUCUCAUUAUGUUAAAUCAAAACAAAAUGGCUGACGUUGUAGUCCGGGCUGACACGGAAGAAAUUUUUUAUAAAGAUAACUCACUUAGGUCCCUCGUCAAUCUCACAAGAGCUGACAAAAGGUGGAUGGACGACGUCCUAUCGGUAAUUUCUGCUCAUGAAGAGAAAUCUCUGCCAGAAUACGAAGGAAACAAUGAAUGGCUACGGGCCCAAUUUGAAGCAUACAUAUUUGGAUUUUUAUCAACCAUUAAGUAUUACUCUUUCCUCAAUUCUAGAGAUGAAAAUGAAUUGCAAAAGUACAAUUCACUACCAUCUACAGACUGUAUAUCCGACUAUGGUCAGACGUUUCUGGAUGAAUGGAUGAAAACUGCGACAUAUGCCGCGUGGAAUCCUAUUGCUGAUGAUGAUAUGUUUGAUGUUGUAUUGGCCCAGCAUCCAUCCUGUCAGACUCGUCCACAGAAACUUUCAACAAGGCUGUCUGGUUUUCUGUCAUCUAUUCGCAACUCACAAUUAUACAAGACUUCCGUAGAACCAUCCGCUAUGCAGACGUCUUCCCACUCUCAUCCAAAUAAUGAAAAAUGAACGAUGACCGGCUCUUUAUAUUGUAUACUACCAUCGUUAGUAGUGUUACUAACUUAAUGUUAAAAGUUCGA